AUGGAGAAAGACAAUACGCAAACGAAUAUUCCAAAGACCGGCGAUGACCUUGUCAAGACACGCACAACCGAUUGCGGCACGAUGGAGGUCCUUGGCCCGAAAGAACAAAAAAGACUAGUCAGGAAAAUCGACAUGCAUCUUAUGCCUGUACUGAUUGUCAGCUACGGUCUUCAGUAUUUAGACAAAACCAGUCUGUCGUAUAGUGCGAUUUUGGGAAUCCAAGAAGAUUUGGGUCUUGUGGGACAACAAUACAGCUGGACAUCGAGCAUCUUCUACAUUGGCUACCUCGUUGCCUCUUAUCCUAUAUCGCUUGGAUUCGUCAGAUUUCCCCUGGGAAAAUAUCUCAGUAUUCUGAUUUUCCUUUGGGGAAUCGUUUUGACACUUCACGCCGUGGCGACCGACUAUGCGAGCCUGAUGGUUUUGCGGACACUACUCGGUGUUUUCGAAAGUGGAAUAUCUCCUGGAUUUUCUCUCAUUACUGGAAUGUGGUACACGCCAAAGGAACACGUCUCGCGUCACUCGUUUUGGUUUGCUGGCAAUGCCUUGGCUAGCAUGAUUGGGUCCAUGAUUGCGUAUGGCAUAUUGCAUUACAAAGGAUCCUUUCCUCAGUGGAAGAUCCUCUUCCUCCUGUUUGGCCUCAUCACUGUAGUCUGGUCCGCUGUCGUUUGGUUCUUCUUGCCCGACUCGCCAAUGACGGCACGUUUCCUGACGCCCUCGGAACGGGAGACGGCUGCGCUUCGACCCAUGAAGUUCCAAAAAACUACGCAGACAAAGAAGUGGGAUCGUGAACAGUUCAUCGAAGCCAUUACAGACGUCAAGUCAUGGUGGUUCUUCCUCUUUUCAUUCGUGACCUGCAUUCCUAAUGGAGGAACAACCAGCUUCAGCACACUCGUCAUCAAGAGCUUUGGAUAUGACAGCUUCAAAACCAUCCUAAUGGGAUUGCCCGCGUCCGCCUUUCAGUUGACCACUGUCAUCCUGGCGGCUGUGUUCACGACAAUCUUCCGCAAGUCGCGUCUCAUCGCCCUCGUGCUCAUUUAUCUCAUGGCUAUCGCUGGCAUCCUGAUGAUUAAACUGCUUCCUACGUCAGAGAAGUUGACUCGGCUUGCUGGGUUCUGGUUGAUUACGGCCGUCGCACCAGCCUUUCCGCUCAUGCUGUCCCUAUCUUCGAGCAACAUUGCAGGUUUUACCAAGAAAUCGACCGUCAUGGCCCUCAUCUUUCUCGGAUACUGUGCAGGUAACCUCAGCGGUCCUCAAUUCUUCAUGAGCAGCGAAGCACCAAACUACCACACGGCUUAUACGGCAAUCUUGGCCUGUUUUGCCAUUACAAUCGCCCUUGUAGUGGUGAUGCGUUUCUACCUGGCCAGAGAGAACAGUGUGAGGGACAAUGAGCAAGGCGUGCACCGAGAUGCCGAGGAAACGCGCGAAAUCGAUCUCGCCACUGAUGAGAACCUACUUGACGUGGACGAGACGGAUAAGCAGAACAGGGAUUUCCGAUACAUCAUGUAG